AAUUAACAAAUAAAAAUAGAUAUAACUGUUUUUAACACUUAUUAUAAAGCAUCUAAUUAAACAUUCUACUACAAAUUCAGAUAUUCCAUUGAGACGUGAUUUAAUUCGAGUUUCUAAAUAGAAUAUUCGUAAUAUAGAAAAGGGAAAGUAAUAUCCUUAUUACUCUAUUUAACUAUUAUAAAGCGUAAAACUAUUAGUGUCUAUUCUUAUCAGUACUUUCUCAUUUCAUUUCAUUCUUCUCCACAAAUCCUAUACAAAAAGUGUGAAUAUCAUAGCUAUGUAUUCCCCAUAUUCGACAAAAUUAUUGCUAAUUUUCGUAAUUUUGAGCUUAUUUGAAGUGAGUAAAUCAUCGGAGUUGAGAUUUGAUAGAAAAAAUGGUGAAUUUAGGAUAUUGCAGGUAGCAGAUAUGCAUUAUGGUGACGGUAAAACGACGCCGUGUGAAGAUGUGUUGCCGGAGCAAAUGCAUUCGUGUUCUGAUCUGAAUACUACUGAUUUUGUUAUCAGGAUGAUUCGUGCUGAGAAACCUCAUCUCAUUGUUUUCACUGGGGACAACAUUUAUGGAUUUGAUGCCAAAGAUGCUGCAAAAUCCAUGGAUUCUGCUUUUGCUCCUGCCAUAUCUUCAAACAUACCAUGGGCUGCUAUACUAGGAAAUCAUGACCAAGAAUCUACACUUACUAGGGAAGGCGUGAUGAAACAUACUGUUGGCAUGAAAAAUACUUUAUCUCAGUUGAAUCCUCCUGAUAUUCCUGAUAUUGAUGGUUUUGGGAAUUAUAAUCUGGAAGUCCAUGGAAUUGAGGGUUCCGAGCUGGCUAAUAAGUCCGUCCUCAAUCUGUAUUUCCUUGACAGUGGAGAUUACUCUACUGUUCAGUCCAUCCCUGGUUAUGGUUGGAUUAAAGCCUCUCAACAGUUCUGGUUUCAACGCACCUCUAAGAAGCUUAAGAAAGCUUACACACAGAAUUCAAAUGGUAUGAAGGCUCCUGCUCCAGGCCUUGCUUACUUUCAUAUUCCGCUUCCUGAAUAUGCAAAUUUUGACUCAUCAAACUUCACUGGGGUUAGACAAGAAGGCAUAAGCUCUGCUUCAAUAAAUUCCGGCUUCUUCACCACCAUGGUGGAAGCUGGUGAUGUAAAGGCCGCAUUUGCAGGCCAUGAUCACAUAAAUGAUUUUUGUGGCAAGUUGAUGAACAUAAAUCUUUGCUACGCUGGAGGAUUUGGAUAUCACGCUUAUGGGAAGGCUGGAUGGUCAAGGAGGGCAAGGAUGGUAGUAGCAUCUUUGGAGAAAACGGGGAAAGGAGGGUGGGGAGCUGUCAACUCUAUUAAAACAUGGAAGCGACUUGAUGAUGAACAUCUUACUACCAUCGAUACUCAGGUGCUCUGGAGCAAGCGCUCUGCCGGUAAGGUUCUGAAAAUGUGCUCGCAGAAAGAAGCCUAUCGGCCACCAGUAAAAAGUCAUAUUACUGAUGCAUGAGCACGAAUUGGUAUCAGAGGUUUCUUCUUCUACUUGCAUCUUACUGGAAGGGUUUAUACUUGUUGUAUGGUUACUUACUCAAGGGUCAAAAGUUGUUCUCUGUGUAAUGUUAAAGGUGAUAUAGAGGCAACCAAUAUAUGCAGGUUCAUUAAGAGAAUGAAAUAGAGACCCAAUUAUGUCGUAAAGAAAGAUUAAUAUAGUUUGCAUUUCAGAAAGAUGUACUAGAAAACCAUGAUCAAAAACAACUUUUCUACCUUCUCAAGGUAGGGGUGAGACAUGCGUACACUUUACCCUCUCAGACGAGAGACCUCAUCUGGGAGAUUACACUGAGUUUGUUGUUGUACUAGAAAAACAUGAACUAUUAUGUAGCGUUGUUGUGCCUUUUUUUUUUUUCAAUAAGAUUAUUCUAUUUAAGAAAUA